AAAAAAAUAAAUUAAAAGCAAAAGAGAAGAACUUUGAUAAACAUAGAUGAACAGAAGUAGUAGCCUUUGAAAAAAUAAUACGAUUUCGAAGUUACACUGUUACUUUGUGUUCUACAGAAAACCACCAUACUUAUUGGCAUUUGGUUUCAAUAUAGAAUGUAUGUAUUGAUUUUCUUUUUUUUUUGAAUGAAAAAAAGAACGGACGCUGAGUGACUGAAUGAAACUCAAACCGUUCAAUUUACAAGCUGCUGGCCAUGGAGAAGUCCUUGCUAGUGAGGAUGAACGAUACCUGGUAAAGCCUUGUCUAGACAGUGAGAUUUACUUUUAUGAAUCUUGUGAUGAAUGUAAUGCACUUCGGAAGUGGCUUCCGCAGUUUUACGGGAAAUGGGAUACGGAACAUGCAAGAGAGCUGCAAUUGGAUAUGGAUGGUUUACCAAAUCAUGCGUUGCGCUGUCGCGCUUUGGUGCUAGAAAAUAUUACACAUUCUAUGAAAUAUCCUUGCGUUAUGGAUAUUAAGCUAGGUAGACAGCUCUGGGCAUUGGAUGCUUCUCCUGAGAAACGUGCUAGAUUAGAUGUUGUGUCACAAUUGACCACAAGUGGAAGCCUUGGAUUCCGGAUUACCGGAAUCUUAGUGUGGGAUAAAAAGUCCCAGUCUUAUGCAACGUAUUCUACAGCAUGGGGGAAAACUCUUGGGAAGGAUACGAUCUUACAAGGGCUCGCAGUUUUUUUUUCCCCUUGUUCAAACCAUCUUAAGAAUUUUUUGGUGGAAAGGUUUUCCACUUUACUUGCGGAUUUCGAGAAAGACAUUUCAUCCCUUCCUAUGGAGUUUCGGUCAUCUAGUCUCUUGUUGGCAUACGAUCUAGAGGGUAUGGAGGAUCGUAUGCACGAACCAGGAAAAAAUGGGAGCUCAUUGUAUAACAUGAAACUGAUCGACUUGGCACAUUCCACUUGGACGCUUGGCGGUGCAGACGAAAAUACACUAUUUGGAGUUCGGAGCUUGAGAAAAUGUUUUCAAAAGCUUUCUUAAAGUAAACAAAAGCUAAAGGCUCAAUGAUAGCUAUAAUUAUGCUUCGUUUUGCAAAACCCCCCCUGUCUUCUUGUAUAGAUCCAUACUGAGACGGUGACUAUGGGUUGUUUUUUCUUUUGUUUACAGAGUAAAUUUUUGAUCAGCGCUUUCAGAUAAAUAUCUUUAUAGUAUAGUCUUAUGAGUAAUGUUUAAAAGCUGUUACAAGCUAUAGUUUUACAUUUCUUGUACAUCAUAACAUAUGAAAAUAGACAAUUUGAAAUUCCAAUUAUUACUACAUUAUUGUUGUUUUCCCUGUUUUUAGAAAGCAAAUAAAAACAAC